CGCAGCAAUGGCAAUUAUAUGGGCUUUAAUGAAUAGUCAAGCCGGUUUAGUUCACCGAGAAUACAUCAAAUAUAUAUAAAACGUUUGCGUAAGCAUCACUUCUUAUGUAGAGAGGAACUGUGACGUCAUCGGUGAAGUAAUUCGCUGCAAAGUCUAGUAUUUAAGGGAGACGUAUCCCAGAGAUAAGACAGUAGGUUAUGAGCUUGUCCACAAUGAUGCCGAACUGGCCCUGGUUGGUUGCCGGGGCUUUAACAGGAUUUGUUGCCUACUGCAAUGUUCCCUUAGCUCUUCAUAGUUCUCCAGAAAAAGCUACUAGAGAUUGGUUAGCAAAAGCUCCAUUGACUAAGCUGGAUGACUCCAGAGCAUCUUUGGUGGGGUCAGAUUUAUGGAAGGAUAAUGGGGCAGUAAUAAUGGCUGUUCGACGACCUGGAUGAUCUUUGUGUCGGGAGGAAGCACUGGCACUUUCCAGUCUCAAGGGAGAAUUUGAUGCCAAGAAUGUUCCCUUGUAUGCUGUCCUCCAUGAAGAAUUAGGUGCUAAGGAGUUUAGAGAUUUCCUCCAAGGUGAUCUAUUCCUUGACAUAGAACAUAGAUUCUAUGGUCCUCAAGAGCGACGGAUGCUCCUAACAGGGAUGCUGAGAUGGAGUGUUUGGAUGAACAUAAUGAGAGCUAACAAAAAAGGAGUUGAAGGCAAUCUAAAUGGAGAUGGAUCAUUAUUAGGAAGUGUGUUCCUACUAGGACCUGGUGACCAGGGAAUACUUUAUGAACAUAGAGAGAUGGAGUUUGGAGAUCAUUUUAACAGCACACAACUUUUGGAAGCCCUCAAAAACAUUAAGACUACUACUGAUGAAUAAUAUUUAUUAUUCGUAGUUUUGAAAAUAUGGAAAAUGUCGGGCAGCUUCAUGUGUGAAAGAAGGAUGUUUUCUUUUGAAGCCAAAGUGGAAGUGCAUGGAUAAUGCGUAGCUAAUACAAUUUAAUUUCAAGCUUUGUGAUUUUAAGAUAACCUUCAAGAUUCCAUGUUCAGCUUCAAUAUAGACAUGAAAUUGUAAAUACACUUGUGUCUGUGAUACUGUUAUCAGAAAUAUGUGGUCAGUUUGAGUAUUAGUAAAAACUGAGCAAUUGAAAUAUGAUGGUGGGUGUAUAAACUUUUUGUAAGUAGCACCCACUUGAUGGAAUGACUUGAUUGCCCUCUUGUUACUUAUGCACAAUGCUGACCCUUGCUUUCUGACUUUAUGUAAUAAUGUAAGAUUGUAAAAUAAAACUCCUCAGGUAUUA